AGAUGAUAUUUCAAAUUUGGGAUUUGAGUUUGGUAAGUAUAAGGACAACUUUUUUGGCAUCGUAAAAAAAAAAGUGCAAGCAAUGGAAAUGACGUAUACAUUUUGCAAUUCCAGAGUAAAUUUAUCACAUCCUUUCACGUUCAAUCGAUUUCUGUUUGGUAGCAACUACUGUAAAUAGGAACCUUUGUUCAUAUUGUGACUCGCUUCUACAUUAACCGUCGUCUUACAAAGCAUCUAAAUUAUAAUUUUAGCUGUAUUUUCUGGUAUUUUAAUCGCAUGUGAAUAUCACAGACAACUAUGAUUGGUCCAUACACUUUGGGAAAGGAUAUUGAGAGUUGUUGUAUAACAUGUUGACUAAUUCUCUAUUUUAUAAAUCUCAACUUUUCUGUUGUACAUGAAACUCGAUCGCUAUAUAAGUGAGAACACUUUCGGUUUACAGUGUACUGUAAGUAGAUAAUUCCCAAUAAUUAUCAGUCUCGUAUUAGUCGUAUACAUUUAUGGUUGUUUUCAUAUGUUUAGAUACUGAUAAGACUAGUCCUCCAAAGAAACAGGGAGGUGGAGGAAGAGGUGCAAGAAUGCCACCACGAGGAAUGCCACGCGGCCCACGGGGAGGGCCUCCGAGAUUCAUGGGACCAGGACCAUUUUCACCCAUUAGACAUCCAUUCCGAGAACCCCAUUUCCCCCAUGAUGGCCCACCAUUUGAUCACGAAGGCCCACCAUUUGAUCGUAGAGGACCGCAUUUUGACACAAGAUUUGGUCCCCGUGGACCUCGUGGUCCUCCGAUGGAACCUCCGUUUUCUCCAAGGGGACCUCAUUUUGGUCCACGAGGACCCCGGGACCAUUCUAUAAACCGAGGAGAACGUCCAAUGGGAUCAGGAGGGGGUCCAAUGGGACCAGGAAAAGGUCCUAUGGGACCUGGAGAACGUCCUGUGGGACCACACCCUGGGGGUCCAGGUGAACGUCCCAUGGGACCGGGAUUACGACCUGGCGGACCAGGACCGCAACAAAUCGUACCAGGAGAAAGUCCACUACGGCCGAAUCAACCAAAUCGCCCACUAACGUUACCCAGAGGUCCUCGGAUGGCCCAACCUAGACAACCCCUGAGAAAUCAAGGAAAGCUGAACGAAACACAAGGUCAAAAACAAGCUACACCACAAAAACAAGGGAAACAACAAGCUACACCACAAAAACAAGGUCAAAAACAAGCUACACCACAAAAACAAGGUCAAAAACAAGCUACACCACAAAAACAAGGUCAAAAACAAGCUAUACCACAAAAACAAGGGAAACAACCAAAUCAGAAUAAAGUCAAAAAAGAAGCAGCAAGGUACAGUACUUAGUAAAGUUGAGAAGCGGAGGUGGGAAGGUUUUUGUAUUUUGACUGUAACAGUUACAAAAUGAGCUGAGUAGGUAAAAUUCUUUUUAAAGUUUCUUAAUUUGCAUUAAAAUUGUUUUGUUUACGAUUGUAAGUUUAGACGGGAAAUUUCCCGUGUAGAAACACGCUUCUCGACCAAUCAACGCUCGCGUACUAUAAAUGUUCUAUUUUAUCAUAAUUUAUGCAUUUGGUACGGCUCAUGUAAAGCACGGCAGUAUAAAUCAACAUGUGCUUCAGCCGUGUAGCACGCCUGAACCAGGCGAACUUAUUAAUAUAGCCGUGCUUAAUAUUAAGUGCAGUGCUUAAUUGAUUUAGACGCCGUGCUUCUCAUGUGCUUAAUUCAUUGUAUUAAGUUCGGCUCUGACGAUAAAGUCCUUCCUUUCUUGCCCUGUUUAGCUUAACUCAAUUUUUUUUAUAAAAUAGUUCGUUUAAUAUUUCAUUUCGUGUUUUUAUAGUGGAAUUAUUGUGAAAAAAGAACCAACUGAGGUUUGUUUUAGAAUUGAAUAUCAUCUGUGUCGUUCCCCUGGAACAAGUUAUUGAGUUUUUAUCUUUAAUAAAUACAUCUCGUUAAUAAUACAGUUUAUAAUAUAGCGUUUGUAUAUUCUGAACGCUGAUUGGCUAAGAGCCGUGUUGAUAUAACUCAAUGUCAACACGGAAAUGUCGGAAAGUUUCUUUUUUUAUAUUUCUUUGUGCUAUAUUAUAAAACAAAUAUAAAACAUUUUUUCCGUAUUGAUAUAUAGUUAUAUCAACACUCGUGGAAAUUGGGAAAACUCGAAAUUGUGUGAAAACACUCCGCCCAUCGGGCGUCGUGUUUCCACACAAUUUCUCGUUUCCCCAAUUUCCACUCGUGUUGAUAUAACUGUAUAUCAACACGGAAAAUGUUUUAUAUUUCUUAAAUAAUCAUUGACAGUACCUUGCAUGUGGUGUCCACAUGUAGUCGAAUCACUUGUAAAAACAAAUCACUUGUCGAAAACAAGCCUUGACAAGUUCAAUUUCUUCCUCAAUACUAUCAUUUUUGGCUUGAUCGGCCUCCGUGGUUCCACAAUCUUAUCAGUCUGUAAAUCUCGUUGUGUAUAACAUGUGAAUUGGGUAACUUUCGUUAAGUGUGUACAUAUGUUUUUGAUCUGUCGUCCCAAGAGCUUAGUGAUCAAAGGAAUGGUCUAUAUAUAAUUGCCAAGCAGGCCUAGAAAAAUAUUUUUCGUCCUGGCAGCAAAAUCCAAAAAAUAUAAUUGUCCUGUAUAUAUAUCAAAUAAAAAAAAUAUAGGUUACAGAGAACAUGGGGUGCUACACAUUUAAUGUUAAACUUCAAUUUCUACACAUGAAAAUUUUGAUUUGCAAAACAGACUUGAAAUGUUUAAACAGAAACCAAAGGAUAUAUCGGAUUCAAAAAAUGUUCUGCCAGACGUAAGAAAAUUUCCUGUGACGAUAUAGUGUUGCAGCGCUGCCGGACAACUAUCUGCACUGUUAACUUUACGUUCGAUCGCCGAUUGGGACAUUCUCAUGUUUAUUUUUUAAUCAAAUCGUUCGACUCCAUUUAGUCACCCAAGCUGUUGCUCUAUUGGUGUUAUGAAGUAUUCUCUUUGUAUAUGUUAAUAACAUAAAAAAAACAGUUGUUCAAUUAAUAUGUUGGGAAAUUAUAUCCAAAAGCAGAAUUAAAUACUGAAUAAUACUGAGAUAUUUUAAGGCUUUACAAUUAUCAUUUCAAAUGUUUUUCUCAGUUGCCAUGACGGCAAAUGUCUGGUCGCCAGAUAAAAUGUUGGUCGCAUUUGGCGACUUGGCGCCCAGCCAUUUCAACCCCUGCAAAGAAAUUUUGCACUUACUGUAUCCGAGUGAUCACUGAAUGCAUACGCCAUCAAAAACAUCUCUAUAAUGUAGUCCGAGCUACUACAGUAUUCUUGCAAUGCUGCGGACAACAAAAAACACUUUUCAUUUGCCAAUUUUAGAACGUAUUGAAUGGCUCCAACAAAAACGAAGUGGCCGAGGUAAGCGCAUGUAUAUGUUACAGUCACGACCAGAAACACGGUCAUGUCGCUGAGUAUUCAUUGUAUAGUAUCGUGGGCUCAGUCAAAAUGUUCGCGCGCUUUUUGUUUUCUGUAUUUAGCUUAAACAAAACAAGGCUCAAAUUGUAAGUUUAAAGUGUUUUUAAUUUGAAAGCCUAAAAUUGUUUUUGGUUCUUUUGCUUUUUCUUUACCCCCAAAUUGUAUACCAAUAUGUUCUCUUCAUUAAUAUCCAGUGCUCGCCAGCAUGUACAAUAUAUGCAUACUCAGUUAAGAUGAGCUAGCUCAUCUUAGGUGUCAGUAGAUGAUUAAAGUUAUCCAGCUAUAGACUAAAUUUUGAACCAGACAAGAAGCACGAAAUAUAUCAUUAUAGCUUAAAAGAACAUCCUUAAAUUAGUAAAAUUGCCAAAUUUGGUUGCAAAAUGUUGUAAAAUACGAAAAAUAUAGCACUAUGAAAUUAGCAAAUUUUGAGUAUUCUAGUAUUAAGCCUGAUUUCCACUAGGCGGAAUUUUGCGCGCGGAGUGACAUUUUCCGCGCGGAAACUGAAAAAGUUGAACUGCUUUCAACUUUGUGGCUGCGGAAAAUGUCGCUCCGCGCGCAAAAUUCCGCCAAGUGGAAAUCAGGCUUUACGCGCGGAAAAAUGCACCACUUUUGAGCCAAAAGUGGUGCAUUUUUCCGCACGUAUAGUAAAAUACUCAAACUUUUUCAAUUUCACAGGGCUAUAUUUUUCGUCUUUUACAACAUUUCGCAACCAAACUUUGCAAUUUUACUAAUUUUAGGAUGCUAUUUUGAGCUAUAAUGAUAGAUGUCGUCUUUCUUGUCUAGAUAAAAAAAUAGUCGAUAGGUGGAAUCAUCUGUUGGUGGCCGUAAUUUCUUUCUGAUCGUGAUUUUCGAAUGUCAGUUACCAGCAUUUUUUACCAUUUUUGUAACCCUCUUUUUCCUUGUGUUUAUGGUAGGAAAGGCAGAGAAGUGAUGAUGAAGGAAGUGAAUCGUAAGUUAACAAAUAUGUGUAGCUACUUAUGUUUCUCUAAGAAAAAUGGUUCUUUACAGCAAAAAUGUGCAGUUAAAAUUUCAAAUUAUGUGUACACAUAUGUGUAAUCAUACAGAAGUACUUCCAUAUGUAGUUCUCUUCUAAUCUUGUAAGUACUAUUUACAACAUGAGCGGCCGUGUUGUAUCGGAUAUACAAACUCGAGCCGAAGGCGAGAGUUUGUAUAUCCGAUACAACACGGACGCGAAUGUUGUAAAUGUCUUAAAAAACGACUCAUCUUAUGAGUUCAUUGGCGAAGUAAUUUUAAAAAUAAACGUUGUCUAAGCCGAGAAAAUCAAAGUUAAAGUUUAUGUAAAUCAACAUGAAUCUGUAUCACAUAUACAGAUACGACACGCUUAUGAUUUUUCUUUGUGUUUUUUUCAUGAAUUAUUAAUUUGUUGUCUGUUAAGGCGGUUUUCCACUAAGCGAAAGUUUUCGACCGAAUCGAAAUUUUCUUUUGUCUUAACAAGCACUCAGAUGGAACUAAACAGAAAUCUUUUGAAUUUGAACAAUAGAAAUUUCGGUUCGAUCGAAAAAUUUCGCCUAGUGGAAAACCGCCUUUAAGGCCGGAUUCCACGAGGCGGAAUUUUUCGACCGAAACGAAAUUUCUCUUUGUCUUUUUACAAUUAGUUCUGCUCGAGAGCUCUGAAACAAAGAGAAAUUUCGAUUCGGUCGAAAAAUUUCGCCUAGUGGAAAACCGCCUUUAGACUCUGUUUUGUCUUCACAUUUCACGCUGUAUCAGUUUACGUAAAUAUAAUUUUUAGCGUUGUCCGCUGUAAUCUUUCAAUCUAAUGUUGGCAGACCUACUGAUUUAUGAUUACAGCGUAUGCCAUCCUGUUCAACUUAGUCAUAUAGAAAUAACUAACAUAAAAUGGAGUUGAAAAUAUUUAGAAUUUUGAAUAUGAGUCUGUGAACGAGUGAAGUAAAAUUGUUUAUUUAAAACGAGAUUAAUGUUGAAAAAUUAGAUUUGCUAACUGAGUCAUGAAUAAAGUGUGCAAAUAAAUAAGCGUAAACCAAUACAUAAAUCAGUGAUCAAAUUUACUGUAUAUAGUCUGCAGUAAAUGUGUUAUGCUGGUAGAAGAACCAUGAAAGUUAAAACCUGCUAAGAAAAAGAUGUGUUACUGUUUAUCAUAUAUAUAUUUUUUGUAUCAUUGCCAUUCUUGUUUGUUCCAUGAAGGAAAGAUGUGGAUUUAGAAGAUGCUGUUAGUAUUCAUGGCGAUGAAGAAUUUGACAUUGAAAAAGAUCAGGAAGAAAAAGAAGAUGAGAAGAAAUCAAAACAAGCAGGUAUAGACAAACACUGUUUUGUACAAAAGUGCGGAAGUUUGUGGAAAUUACGUAUUCAUUGAUAUGUACUUUAUUUUAUUGGCAUUAUUACACAGAAAUACUGUUAAAUUUGUAUAACAAAGAAACACAUGUGUACUGAUUAGAUUUAUAAAUUGACCUAUACGUUCACUUAUUGCCCUUCGUACGUUCUGCGUUCUGGCUAAAUCAAUAAACUCCCUUGCUCAACAAGUGCGCCCUCUCUAAUAGCCCCCGUCAUAUUUCGAAAUUUUCAUGUUCGCACAAACGUUUCCCGGCUUGGAAACAUUCCUGUAGAAACCAAAAUUUUUCUCAAGUGUGCUUUUGGUGCAGAAACACUUAGCUACGUUUAUACAUGUAUAGAAGCUAGUGGGCCAGGAGAACAAAUAAAUAUAAUCAGAAGGUGGAAUAUAGAUAAAAUAUUCGUUAAACAAACUCAAAAUGUUUUUAACUGUCGAUUGUAGUGGGUACGACUGUUAAAUAUCCUUUCUGUUUGAUCCUAACUUCCUAUUAACCGAAAGCGAGGUCUGUACAGACAGAGAAAUAUCGGACCGAGCCCGUAGGGCGAGCCGAAAAUGGUGCAUUUUUUCGCGCGUCAUACUAAAAUACUCAACAUUUUCUAAUUUCAUAGUGCUAUAUUUUUCGUAUUUUACAACAUUUCGCAACCAAACUUUGCAAUUUUACUAAUUUUAGGAUGAUCUUUUAAGCUGUACAGUAAUGAUAGAUUUCGUCUUUCUUGUUUGGAUCAAAAUUUAGGCUAUAGCUGAAAUCAUCCAUUGAGUUUGCUGUUUUGUUUUAAAAUGCAUGCGUUUGUUUUUGUAAUUGUGUAAUAUAAAUAUAAUUGUAAAGGUCUAAAGGGGGGCGCCUCGCAUGGGCUUUUCCUAACCUUUCGCACUUUUCCUUUUGGGUAAUACCUAUUUAUUGUUGAUAUUCCCAAUAAAGUUAUAAAGAUCGAGAAAAGUGACGCUGAUAACGAAGAAAAAGAUGGCAAAGGUAAUCGUAAAGGUACGUAACAACUUGUCAGGCUUUUAAACUCUUUAAGUACUCAUUUUCCCAUGGCAUGGCUGCAGACGUUUGGGAGCGACCCUACCUCGAGAGUCUGCGGGGGAAACUCCAAAUUCAAAAUGUGCGCUUCAAAACUUUGUUGAAUUAAGAAUCCUGAAGUUAAAGUCCAACUCCACAAAUACAUGCAGUAUGUCGAGGCAGUGGAGCUAUGUACAGUAGCUAUAUAAAUCUAGAGUUUAAGUGGCUACAACUGGAAAAAUCCUUGGCUACUUCCUCCACAUAAAUAAAAUCUGCCUGCAUUUUCCAUGGUCCCAUAAUUCUAUCGCAUUCUUAAAGGUGACAAGUUUGAAGAUAAAAAAGAUUUUAAUCGUGGGCGAGGGAGAGGUAGUGGCAGAGACUUCGGUCGUGGAAGAGGAUUUCAUCGUGGUAGAACACCUCCCAGGUAGAUUGAAGAAAUAAUAUGGCAUGUAUUUUUUAUACAAGCAGGUUGUCCCACCCCACUAUGUGUGGAACAACCCGCAAACGAGCACGCACGUAAUCUUCAACACCAAAAUCAUCUUCCAAAAGCGAUUUUGAGAUUUUCUAAACUUACCGUAACGAGCCUGGUCCUCACUACGACGUAAGCAUAAGCGCAAGUAUAAGAGGAAUUAACUGUGAUCUACUGUCCUCACCACGACGCAACAUAAGCAUAACCAUAAACAUAAGCAGAAGAAAAUCAAAACAUUGCGUUCUUUUAUUUUGCUUAUGUUGUUGCUCAUGCUUGAGUUGUAGUGAGGACAACACAAGCAUAAGACGAUCAAAGCUUGCUUAUGCUUGGGUCGUAGUGAGGAUCUGUAGCUAAACAGCCGAAAUCGUGGAACUUCCAAAGGUUUCACUUCUUGGACCUUCAACCGAGUGUGCUACUCUGUCUUCUAUGGAAAACACACUCAGCUAAAAUCCUGAGGGAAAACCUAAUAAAACUGCUAAUAGAACAAUCAGGGCUUUUUGUGCCCGCGAGCAGAAUUGAUAACUUCAAAACAUGCUAGCAGAAAUUCAUGCUGUUUUAGAUUUUGUCAGGUAAAUACUGAUAGAAAGUCUUUCUAAAAAGUGUUUCAAAACGCUCUUUCACAAAUUCAAAAGGUGUCUGGAAGCAGUGCUUGCACGUUCGGUUCGCGCACACUAGUUGUGCCUGAAAACUAUACACAAGAUCUGAACUGGUCAUACCAACACUUGUAUUCCAACUAGUGUUAUAUAGGAUUUUUAUAAAUUAUCAAGCUAUAAAAGAAGUUUAAGGUUUCCCUGGCGUACCGAUGUCAGUAGCUGAUGCUAUGGUUGCACGUAGCUCAUCCGGAGGCCUACAUCACCCAGCGCAGUUUCCAUCUCGUAUGUCACCUGCCAUAUAGGAUUUUUAUCUAGCUAUAGAAGAAGAAGUUUAAGGUUUCCCUGCUGAAUAACUAAAUGAUCUGUAACUACAGCUGUAUAGGUAGUAAAGUAAUUGACUAUUUAUUUGAAGGUUUCGAGGACCGGAGAGAGAUAUGCACCCCCCUUUACACGACGCUGGACAUCGCCCCUUCCCAGCAGGACCACUGCCGCCAAAUUUUCCUGGACCUCCUAGUGAGUGAUUCUGAGUAAUGUUUGUAAUCAAUGAUGAGAAUACUGAAUACUUGUAUAGUGGAAUACCUGUAUAGUUGUUGACUGGAAACGUUAGUGCAACAAUCCUUCUGCUUUCAUAAUAUUUUUAUGUACAGUAUAUUCUGGUGAAUAUUUCCGAAAGUAUAGACGUGUGACGACCACAGUUGACAAAGCAACAAUAAAGCUAUAUUAAAAUCGUCAUCACACCGAACAUUUGUUGAGUUCCUACAAACGAAAAGAGAACGAGACUGAUAUCUUACUGUCCGGACUGAACAGGCCUAGUCAUUAAGUUAUUUACAGCCUGGCGCACACGAUAGAUUUUAGUCGGGCGACUUAAGUCCGUUUAUUUGCCGAUGUAAAUCGGAAUAAGUCGGACACGUACGUUAGAUAGCUGAUAAGGGAUGACGGAAGCGGUAAAAGUUUUCAAAUCAUGUGAUCACAGCAUGGGUUCUGGUUGGUUGAAGUAACCGAUAAAAUCGGAACACACCGCACACGGAAUGUACAUGUACUGAUACGUAUUUCUUUCAUAUUCUCCAGUGGGUAAGAACAUUCAUGUUAAUCCUCGCUUUAUGGCUCCUAGACCUGGAUUUGAAGGUAAUUCGGGAAAUUUCGAUGCUUUUAUUAAGGUUCAAGAGAGGUUCAGAUUUGACUACCACUACCUCUCACAGGCUUAGUCCGCAUCUGAUUGGUUAAUCGGAUAUAUGAAACGCAUCUGAUUGGUUAAUAGUCCCUUAAUGGUAGUGCAAGUCAAAUCUGAACCUCUCUAUAAUAACCGCUGUGUAUACACCAAAAUUUAAACUCUUUUUGUACCGUAUCAGUUCUAAGCUGUUCUUCAUAGAGGCUAUUCCUUGUAGUGGCUGCAUUUCCCGCAUUCUGAUUUGUGGAAAUUGACCUACCUGUAUAUGACGAUAUAGUCCAUUAUCUGCCUACCCAGUGAUUAUAACUUUUAUUCAGGAUGUCAUAAUUUUUCUUGUUUAUUUUUACCUUGGAAAUUUCUACUAAUACAAUUAGUCGCCAAGACGAAAUUAUAAUCAGACAACCACAUAUUCUCACUAAUGUUCUUAGUUGAAGCAAGGAAACAGUUCGAUAGCUUUAAAAUUGUCGAUGCAGACAUAAUACCUCUUCUUUUCUCUACCAGCACACUUUUAAUAAAUAUUUAAAAAUCCAUGCAUAUUAUUAAAAACUUAAAAAAUAUGGCGGUAUAAAAUAUGUAUUUCGCUGAAAACCAGUCUCUUCAGUUUUUACGUCAUUACUUUAAAUACGUUUCUAUCAAAAAUGUGUUGAAAGAGACAAGAAGACGUAUCAUGCAUAUGCAUCGACAAUAGACCUUUCCCCUUUUGAGUGAAAUUUUGAUCUAUACAAGUCUGGACAAAAAUUUCAUCACAGCUUGAACGAGCAUCACAAAAUUAGUAAUAUUCCGAAGUUUCGUUGCGAAAUGUUGUAAAAUGCGGAUAAUAUAGCCUUGCGAAGUUUGCCGUUUUUCAGUCAUUUUGCAUUACAAACGGAAAUUGAUAAUCAGAUGAUCAAACUGAUUAUCAAUUUACCAUUUGUAAUACAAAAUGACUGAAAAACGGCAAACUUGGCAAGGCUAUAUUAUUCGCAUUUUACAACAUUUCACAACGAAACUUUGGAAUAUUACUAAUUUUGUGAUGCUCUUUCAAGCUGUGAUGAAAUUUUUGUCCAGACUUGUUUAGAUCAAAAUUUCACUCAUAAAGGGAAAGGGUCUAUUGUAAAGCAAGUACAUAUUGCUGGAAACAAAUCGUAGUCACAGAUUUGAAAAGCACAUGCACAAACACUGUAUAACAAACACUCCCACCUACACCUGAUUAUAUUUUAUAUUACCCCUUUUUCUUCCAGGCCCUCGUGGUCCUCACAUGAGAAUUCCAGGCCCAUUUCCUGGACAAGCAUUACCACCUCGUCCUGGCUUACCUGUAAAUCAUGGACAAGGAUUACCACCCAGGCCUGGCUUACCUGUAAAUCCAGAAUUAGCACCAAGGGUAAGAUUUGUUUCUCCUCAGUAUUGUAGGAAUAUAAUUUGUGGUAUCUUCUGGAUGUCCCACGGGAAAUCGGACCCACGUUCUCUGGUUAGCGACCACAUACACCAGUGCUAUAACCAAUGAGCUAUUCUCCGAUCCGAGUUGUCGUUAUCGAUUUUCCAUCUUGAUGUCUGGUAAAAAUCUCGUGAAAUUUUCUUUCUCAAAUUUGUCUAUACCGAACAUUUUACGUUAUUUGGACAGCUAGACCGCGAUUUACAAUGAUUUAGAUUUUUUAUAUACCGUAUUUACUCGUUUAAGCGCGGCCCUCAAUUGAGCAUAUGAGAGCAAACGUAUUGAGACCGCCGCCCCCGAAUUAGCGCCACGCCUAUUCACAACAACGCGGCGCUUAAUCGAAGCACCGUCUGAAAUGGAAGGAAAACGCCCUUGGUACGGGAUUGUAAUCUUUAACAAACCUCGGAACUUUUCUCAAUUUCAUUUCAGUGUUUGUUAUAUAUUAUUGCUAAUAUUUUUUGUUAUCGCUUAUAAAUAAAAUACUUUAUAAAGAGCGCUGCCCUCGAACAAGCCGCCGCGGCGCUUAAACGAGUAAAUACGGUACGUAUAUAACUGUAAUUCGUUUUUACAAUUGAAAAUGUUUCCCUUCAGACUGUUCCGUUUUCACAAGUUACAACAUUGUAUUCGUACUAAGCCAUUGGAUUAAAUUUUCUUUUCAGUUUGCAUCCCCUGUUCAGGCAGCGGUAACACCUACAGGACAAAGGAUUUUACCAGGCGUACCGAUGUCAGUAGCUGAUGCAAUGGUUGUACGUAGCUCAUCUGCAGGCCUACAUCACCCAGCGCAGUUUCCACCUGGUAUGUCGCCUGCCAUGCAGAUGGAGGCACAUCGUGCGGCCUUGCAGGCUUCACCCCACGUGCCAAUAAGUGGUGCUAUGGACCGCAUGUAUCUAAACCAGCGAAUGAUGGGCAAUGAGAGAGCAGACUUGGCUGCGUUAUACAACAAUCCAGCGUUCAUUGCAAGGCAACAACAAUAUCCUGCGGCGGCCAUGCAACAAGCUAUGUAUGAUAUGCAGAACUGGCAACAACAAAUGCGACGAGAUCAAUCUUUUGAUAGAGAAACAACAGAGCGACCAACUAAAGUAAGUACAGGUGUAGAAUUUCUGACAUGCGUUUACUGUACCGAAUCCUACAACAAAGAAGAUUACUACAUUAAUUUUAAGAGGAAAUUGUUUGUAUGUUACGUAACAUGCGCUCAAAACUAAUGAGCAUAAUGCCACUCGGUUAUGACUACAUUCAGAAAUUUAAAUUUUGAAACGUUUCUCAAUCAGAAAACAAAACAUUCUAAAAUAUUAAUAAAUAUAAAUUAUUCUAAAAUUAAUGUUGUCUGAAGUUCAGUAAGUUUUGCUUAAAUUGCUGUACUGUAAAUAUGGCGUCAAUUUAAUCAUAGUUAAUGCAUCAGUGAUUCUGUGCUUCUCAACCGGAUAAACUAGAAUAUAAAACUAAAAGUAAGUUUGAGUGGUACGCGAAGUUUGAGUACGUGUAUAUAAUUUUAUGCUGGGCAAGCUCUGUCAGUUCUAACUAAACUGUUUUCCCUGUAGGUCCGUUAAGAGCCAUCCCUCCAUGUUGAUCUAUUUCAGGAGAGAAUCCAAAGUGAACUAUAUAACCAUGAUAGCUCGUACAGUAGCUCUAUCAGUUAUGUUUAGGCUCAGAACACUAGAGCUCCAAUAAGGGCCAUUCAUUGUUGAUCGAAAUUUAAUUGUGCUGGAUAACUCUAUGAUCAGUUCUGACUAAACUGUUCUCUCUUAAGGUCCAGUAAAGGUAAUCUUUUGUUGGUGAAAGACACAUGCAUGCACUCACCACUUUGCAACCAGCACCCCCAAGAGCACAAAAUUUAUUACCAAGCCAAUACACGGUAGUACAAAAUAAUGGCAAGAAGUUAUCCAAUUCCCCGUAAAAGAGACGACCUUUUUGUAAACUUGUUUGUUGAGAAAUCAAACUGGUUUCUGAACGUGACCUCGUUAAAAAUUGCAUCUAUUUAUAUUUUUAGCGUACACGUGAGAAAUCGAAUCGGAAAUACAGCGACAAUAGCGACUUGAGUAGCCGCUCAAGAUCUGGCUCGUUCUCAGACUCCCAGUCAGACUCGCGCUCGGUUUCUUCUUGGAGCCGGUCAAGAUCUCGUUCACUGUCCAAGUCACCAACCCGGUCCUGGUCCAAAUCAAUAUCUAGGUCUAGAUCCAGGACCCCGGUUAGCCGUACCCGCUCUUCUCCGAAACGUGAGGUUCGAAUGCCUAGAGCUGGAUCUCCACCCAGGCGUGUAGAGAAGUCAGGGAAAAGAACCAGAGAGACACAUAGAGAGAUCAGAAGAGAGAAAGAUAAGAGGAAUACGAGAGUUGAAGUGCCCCGUAGCAGGUCUCCACGUGCUAGACGUGGUCCUCGCGUUGAUAGAGCACGCGAGAGAGAGCGGGACAAUGAGAGGACGCGAGGGGAUAGAGGAGGGAAACGUGAACCGUCAAAAGAAAAGCCACGUGAUAGGGAGAGAGACAGAAAAAGUGAGCGGAGUAGGAAUAAUGAGAAUGAGAGCAGGGAGAGAGCGGGUAGUAGGCGCUCAAAGACGGAGAGUCGUGGCGACAGAGGAUCUCAUGGAAGUAACAGGGUAAGUGGAAGUUUCUGUGUUUUUAGGAAGUUUAAGACCUACGACGUGGCAGUGAAUUCUCCAUGCAAGACAUAAAGAAUGAAUGAGCGUUGUUAUUCAUAUCAUGAUCGUCUUUGGGGCAACUCGAAAGCUUGUUGCUACGCAAACGGUGUUGCCCAAAGUCAACCUUAUAGUAGACACCACGUUUGUAGGCUUGGUUAAACAAGUAAUGAAAUUCCAUAACGCCUGUUUUUAACUUCAAUUGACACGGCAUCGUCGAGUUUGCAAAAAAAUAAGCCAGCCACAACAACCCAGGUAACCCAUGACUCCAUGAGAUGGCUGUGGAAGAGGUUACUGUAAUGGAGAAUUCUUCUGUUGUCAUUUGCAGGAAAUCUUACUAUUUUGUUCAAAUAUUCUUCAAGAAUCAAUUCAGGGUCUUCCAAUUGUGUCAUGGGUCAGCUAGGUCAAUAUUAUCGCCUAAAACUGGAGCAAUGUAUUAUCAUUGAAUAACGGGUCACCACCAUGAAUGAAAAUACUUUGGAGCUUACGUUAUAAUUCACCUGACGAACGUUAACAAAUAGAAUAAUUUCAGAGUAUGUUCCAAAUAGUAUCCGGCCGAGUAACAAUCUUUCGUUUAACAACGUUUUAUCAAUGUGGCAUUUAGACUACCAUUGUAUUCCUUAAACUCAUGGUGCAUUAAGUUUUCAAAGGCCAAGCCUUGAAAUAUAUUUACCUGAAAUAUAUAUUUGGACCUGUUCAUUCCACUUCUGCUAUUAAACAGUUCUAUCACGAUAUUUCUGAGUAUUAUUCUUAUUUCAGCAUUCCCGCAAAGGCUCUCCAGAUCGCAGGUCUUCAAACACUGACAGUAAAGGAAACAGAGUUGUGGCGACGAAAUCUGGUACUUCUGGUAAACCUACAAACCGCAUUGUGAUUGGUUCUUUGCCAGACUCUAUCACUCCGUUUAAACUGAAGGAAUUACUGGCUACUAUUGGACCUAUUGAGGUACGUGAUACUAAACAUGUAUUGAGGAGUUGAUAGAGGUACACCGGAACUCGGUGUCCAACAUGUCCAAAUUGUCAAACAUGUUGGUUGAACAUGACAACAUCAUCAUCCAACAGUGUUGAACAUUGUAGGGUCUGUUUGAACAAUAUGUUGGGUAAUGUUGCCUGAUUUGGGGAUCUUUGAUUUGGUUCAAAAUUUUCAUCCAACAUUCUACCUCUGCGACAGGGGUUCAUACUUUUGCCUUUGAGUCUUUCAGGUGUGAAAAGAGUGGUUGGUUCUAUUAGGAAGCUGAUCACACAACCUCAUAUCCAGGUUUUUCCCCAGUCGCUCUCACGUCAGUACGUGAUUGUUCAUUACAAACAUAGGUUUCAGCCGAUUUGGCCGAAUUGUAAUCCACGUAAUCAUAGAUAAAAACGUAUGCUAUUUAGGGCGGGAAGCCGAACUUUUUCACUUGUGACAACAGUUAAAAUAGUCAUAGACUUCUACCUAUUUUCUAUCUCGGUUUUUGAGUAGAUGUUUAAAACUUGAUGUUAGCACUCUGUAAAUACUAGAAAUGAAAAGAACAGGUCAAAGUUAAAAAAACUGUAGCACUAGGAUAUGCAGGGGCGUGGCGACAGAAACUGUAGGACAUGCAGGAACGUGUAAUUUACGCUGAUUUUCAGGUAAAAUGGAAAUAUCGUUUGAUCCUGGCUUUAAACUAAACGUCGUUAUUUAAUAUUUGGUAACAUUAUACAGAAAUGAUAAUUUGUUUAUUUUGUUCCUUUAUCUCUUUUCCAGCAACUCAAAAUGUCAACAACAAAACAUAAAGCCUUGGUGACGUUCGAGAAACACGAGCACGCUUUAGCUUGCAGGCGCAAAUUUCACAGGUAUGUGUAUCAUUUCGUAAAAUUCGUAUUGCAUAUAUUGCUUUUCUAUAGUGUCUCUGUAUUGUAGCAGAAAAAUACAUGUGCUCCCCAUUAAAUUAAAUUAUUAACAAUAAAACUAAAUUUAAAUAUCGUAUAAACUAGUAUCAUUUUAUUGCAUAUUGAGUUGGUAAGUAUAUAAGGUCAAAUUUUGAGCAUCUUUAUUUGAUAGUACAGUAAUACUUUAUUUUGGUUAUGUAACAGAAAUAUGCCCUCUUUCAUAUUAUAUUGCACUUGCCUUUUAUGACUGGUUAUAUAGUUCAGGAAAAAUAACUUAAUAAUUGCAUCUUCAAAGGAAAAGCGGAAGUAAAUAUGUACCAAGUAUGAAGGUUAGAAUUUGUUUGUUUGUUUACAUCAGUGUGGAUUUGUGUGUCGUGCAUGUAUGUCAUGGUGUAUUGUAUUGCAUAUAUAUUGUAUUGCAUUGUAUUGAGCUGUGCAUGUGUUGUAUUUCACUGUUGUUUUGUAUGUUGUUGUUGUUGUUGUUGUUGUUGUUGUUGUUGUUGUUGUUGUUGUUGUUGUUGUUGUUGUUGCAUGCAUAUUGUAUUGUUUGUAUUAUGUUUCAGUAUCGUGUUGUUUGGUAUUGUAUUGUAUUGCAUUGCAUAUACACCAUUCGUUUCGCACGUUUGUUUUGAAUGUGAAAAUGAAUGUAUCUGUUGGUUAGUUUCCUUCGCAGGCUAAAAUUGGUUUGAAUGUAUCUGUUGGUUAGUUUCCUUCGCAGCCUAAAAUUGUUGAAAGUUAUCGACUAAACAUUUUCGAACUUUGUUUAUUUGAAGCAGCAUUUAGUUGUACCAAGCCUGCAUCUACAUGUGUGUGGCGUUCCAUGUAGUGUGUUCUUGGCAAGAUUAAUGCACUCUACUUGUAUAUAGUGUAGAAUACACUGCAAAACAUUUUGACUCAAAACUUGAGUAAAAUACUGCACCCACAUGCAGUGACUCAAAAUAUUGAUAAAAAUUACUCAAAUUUACGAGCAAAUUUUCUCAUUUUUGAGUAAAGUAAGUCUUUACUGAAGAAAUUGCAUGAGUAACAAAUUUGAGUGAUUUUACUCAAAAUUUUGAGUCGGUGAGGGUGCAUUAUUUUACUCAAGUUUUUGAGUCAAAUAAUCGUGUUUUUUUAUGAUUGGUCUAUAUUUAGAAUGAAAGCAGUGUGCUGAUUUACAUAUAAUCGUAUAGUCUUAAUAUAUGAUUUACAUCUUAAUAUAUGAUUUACAUAUAUAAUCGUUAUAGUCUUAAAUUAAUUGUUCAGCUUAGUGUUGUUUGAAUAUUUAACCUAAAAGACGCAUACUAUAGUUAAUAUACUUGUUUUAUUGUGUGGAAACACUACUUUUAUUUAUUUGGCAAAGAUUUCGAUCCGUACACCAGUAAAAUAAUUCAAUAAUAAUAGUUUAUUUGCACGGAUGACGACGAUCCGGCCUUACGGGUCGAACGCAUUGCGAAAUAACUAAACGCGACGUUCCUACACAACAAAACAAUUGUUUUACUUUUUGCCUAUUUAUUUUCACCAUGCAAACAUGCGAGGAAAUAACUAAACAUACAAGUGAAAAUAACUCCUUAAACAUGAUCGUCUUGUAAACAUGCGGUUUGACAGAAAAGUGGUCCAUGGAAAAAGUUGUAGACUUUGUUGAUAAUCUCAAACUUGGCAUUUCGUCAGUUGUUUUCUGUAAAAUAUUAAAGCUUAAGGUUAUGACCGAAAUGAGAUGCCAUAGUUUAGUGUUCGAACCAGAAAAAAGAUAGUUUGAUGUUUUGAGCGACGACUCUCUUUUGGUAAAAUCGUAAUUUUGUUGAUGAUUUUAGCUAAAUAUUAUGUUAAGAAUUUGUUUUGCAUGCAUUUGCACACUUUUGUGAGUCAAAAUUGUUAUUUUUUCAAGCAACAAAUUAACAGAGAAAUAUAACAUUUUAAUAGGUCUUUUGCAUGAAAUUACGGAUGGUGGUUCUUAACUGAUUUUCCAUCGAAGUUAUUGCAUUCGUUACGCUGUGUAAUAGAAGUAAUAGAGCGGGAAGACUCUGGCAAUUGCAUGGCACUAAUUGUGUCCUAAAUAUAUAGAGUGAACCCGGAUAAUGUACUUCAUUCAAUAUGAUUUAUCAUCACAAAAUAUGCUUCCCUAAAGGCUAAAGCAUAUGAGAUAUAUUGAUUGUUUAAAACAAUUGUUAAGGAGUUUUGCCAUGUCGCUAUGAAUCAUCUUUUCACCGAUAUUUGGAUCUAUAGGAGAAUCUUGUGGUUGUGUAACUUUGAUAUACAUGUGUUUUUUGUGCAAUCAACUCCAUAUAGUCAUAUAUGAUAAUUUUACAUUAACUUCAGUUCUUGUCACGUGUGUUUUGGUGUAUUUCUGGUUAAAAAUUGCCAUCUUUAAUUUUUAAUCAAUUUGCCAAGAAUAACAAUUUAGACCCACAAGACAAGUGCAUAAAACUAAAAACCGGUAUACAAAUAUAAGAACAAUUCUAAGCACUUUAUUCACAAGGUUUUACUUUUUCAUCGGACCCAUUAUUUUGUCUACAUCCGUCAUAAAAGUGGGGUUACAAGACGUUUCUUGUGCGCAGUAAGUGUGACAUACUGCUAUAUUAUAAACCUAAAGUGUGGAUAUUUUGGAUAAAAAAUUAUCGUUUCGUUGAAGUAACGGAUAUGGUUGAAUAUUUCUUUUCCAUCAUAAAAGCACGAUGUUUAUAUUUUAACGAGGCUUUUGAUCCACAUUUCCAUAAACCAAAAUAAGUUAUAAAUGCAAAAAUUUCCGUAAUGUCCCCAGAAAUAAGAAAGAAUUAUAAUUAUCACUGCAUACAUGUGCAUGUCUUUGAACGACUAAACGACGUAUAGUCAAAAAUAUGAUUCGUCCAGAACAAUUUUUAUAAAUAUCUAUUUAAACGGAUGUCUUGUUGUUUCUAAUAACAUCUUAGAAUACUUGAGCAUGGUUUUCAUUAGGAUCGGUUUCCAUUCGGUUGCGGCUGUUGUGGCCAAGUCAUACAUAUACUAGCUGAUGUGAAAUAGGCUGGAUCUGUUUGUGCUCUAAGAUGAUGUUACACGGUAGCCUAGUCACUGCAGGCCAUCCUGCGUGACUGGAUCGGUUUUGAACCACGGGAGAAGGCCUAGCGAAAUUCCUUAACGUGGUCUUAGUCCUAAAUUCAUAAAGUAGCCUUACCCGAUCUGCCAGUACAUGUAUUUCCUUCCAUUUAAGAAAUAGAAGACAUUUUCCAUGUUUCUAUAGAAUUAUAGAAACACGCGUGAAAGUGUUUCUAUAAACUCUAUAGGAACACGGAAAAAAUGUUUUCUAUUUCCUUUAUUAAAUAGCCUUUUAAAAACGAUAGAAAAGAUAAAUUUAUCGAUGUAAAUAUGUAGAACCUAGGACCGCUCGAUGGGCAAAAAUGGUUCCAAGAAUUGUGACCGUGAAUUGUACUAGGCCUUCUCGCUUCCUGUCUCCCCCCAGCGCACCUGGGCUGGUUACACGGUUCUUGUUUCACUUGGGAAUGUAGUUCUCUUUUAUCUUGAUUCCAAUUAUAGGACAGUAUCUUGUGCGUGAAACAUGGGAUUAGAGAGGUUAAGAUACCCCGAUUCCGGUUUACGGGUACGGGUGAUAUACACGUAUCCGUACCCGUAAAUCGGAGAAUAACUUGUAACUUAAGAAAUCCAAGAUACUUCGGCGUGAGAAAACCGAUUAGAGAAUGGCAACUUUCGCUGUUGAGGUUCGCCAUAAAUUGUUGAAAAAUUUGACCAGUAUAUGUGCAUUAUUUAUUUGGGUAAGAUAUUGAAAAUUUGUACUGUUUAAACGGCCCAAAAAUAGUAAACAGAAAACACCCGUACCCGUUUGUCGUUUACGUGUAGACCAUGGUUUACCGCGGGGAAACGGGUAGAAAUUACGGGUAAAAUUGCUGACAUCAGCAAAAAUUGACAAACAAAAUGGCGAUACUCGUACCCGUAAACCGUAACCGGGGUAUCUUAACCUCUCUAAUAAAACUGUUACACGGAACGGUGUUUCAAAGACGAUUUGUAAUGCAAAUGAUGUUACACGAAAUUUAAUUGGUUCGCCAAUGCAUUCCGUUAAGAAUCGUCGAUAUGUAAAGUGUGCCUCUAAAUCAUGCAUUCUUCCAGAUUACUUCGAUCACCUUGACAUGACCGCAACAGCACCAUGACCAAAUGGAAAGCAGUAUUUAUUCCAACGUUUAGCAUCUUUCUUAUAAAUAGCGGCUUAUAUGUAAAGGCUCCUAGGUAAAUAAGGAAACUUAUGCCAUCGUAUAAAUGGUGACAAGACCCAAAAUGUUUUAUGUUCAGUUUGAAAGAACCGUCAAAACUGUAAAGUAACUUAUUUUUUAAAGAGAUUUUCAUUUACGUGUUUUCUUGGUGAAAUAUAUAUUUGAUUUGGUGAGAUUAUAUAUUUAAUUUGGUGAGAUUAUAACUUGAUGUGCAUGAAUGCAAUCAGAUUUACGUCACACUUUUCAUAAUAGCGAACUUAAGAUGAGCUAAAUCUAGUACGCGGACGUGACUAAAAGACAGUUACUUAUGCUUGUCUUUUGGAUUUAUUACCAGUUUGAAUUUGUUUUUCACAUAUAUCCUUCUUUGUUGACAAAAAAUCCAUAUUUUUAUCCGUGUUGCUGACACUGAGAAUUUAGAGUGUGUUCUUUGUCACGUCCUCGUCCUAGGUUUACCACAUCUAAAGGACACUAAUGAACAUGCAACCAUGCACAGAGUUAAAAAUUUAGUGUAUUUUAUCCAACAAAACCAUUUUAAAAAAUGCAUGCAUUCACAGCCGAUGCAUGUAUGUGGAUUUAAGUAGAGCUACUGUUUGACGAAACUCAUUAUAUGCAAUGUGUGAUGUAUAUAGAAAACUAGAACCUGUGGAUUGAGAGGGUUGAAACUACCUGAAAAAUACAAGUAAAACUUGACGUUCUGAGCGAAGGCCCUUCGUUGGGAUGUUAGUGAUAGAAAACUGCGAGCUACUUCAUAGGCUCGAUUACCAGCCGAUAUUAGGGCUGGUAUCGAGCCUAGCUACUUCGCAGUUUUGACGAUUGUGAAAGAAUAGGACAAUAAAUGAUAAUUUUUGUCACCUGUUAUACGGAUCUCGUAAUUAAUUUGAACUUCUCCUAUAGAAUUAAUAAUCUGGCUUAUGCUGUAUAGACCUUCCUCAUGAUGACGUCAAUCGCCAGCGAUAUUACACAGGACAAUUAUCGACACUUUGCAAUGAAAAUGAUGUUACAUGAAUUUUGAUUGGUUCGCCAAUGAUUUGCAUUGCGAAUUGUUGUUAAAAGUUGUUCGGUGUCACAUCGCCUUUACGGAGAAAGGGGAAGCCGAAGUGUUUAUCCGCGUUUGUCGUCAUUAUGAGAAAGGUCUAUUGGCUGAUUACACUAUUCAGCCAAUCAGUGAAGCAAAAACCUGGCUAAAACCAGGCUUGUAUAUAAACAUGGCUUAACAGUCUGGUCAGUUACUAACAGCUUUUUGCUCAAGAGGUUGCUAGUUAGAAAGAAGAAAACCUAAACUAUUUUGUUGACUACGAUCUUUGGUUGACUUCGCAUAUAUUAUUGGGGAAGGUGUUAGUAUAUAUAACUCACAACUGUAGUUUGAAUAAGUACUGCGUUUUGAAGUUUAGAAAUUAGUAUACGCGAUUAAUAGUCUUUGUCGAGACGUCUGUUGCAUGGCAUGCAUGCAUAACGACAGUUAUGGGAGGGAACAAAUGAUGUUUAUAAAUGUUCAAAUCUUAUGUCACCAAAUGCAACGCUUGUAUAAAAGUGAAACGAACUGACAUCAUUGACUCCAAGAAGUGUUGGUAUAUCCUUGUAGUUGAUCACCAUGUGCUCCGUGUAGUGGUUUACUACUUUACUAAAACCCUCUAAAAAGUGGAUUUUGAAUGCAUAACACGAUGAAAAUAUUUUUUUAAUUUGUGGGUGGACGCAGAAUAUAUUUAUUUGAAAAGUGUUCAUUCUUCACAUUCUAGUUCUUAUUUUGAGAAUUGUAAUUUAUUAUUCCUCAUUCCUCCCCACCAUAAUUCAAAUAUCAUUAUACAUCUCCUCCAUGAAAUGUUAUUCAUUCAUUAUUCCACUUCCACCACCCGACAAGUAAAUAGUAUAGAUUGCUCUUCAAAUGUUUCAAUACAUGUACCAUGAUUCAUGAAAGUCGGUCAAAAUAAUAUACCAACACCGCGGUCAAACGUAAACCACAUGCACGAAAUCGGGAAAUGAUGGAGGAAAUGUCUGCCAAAAUAAUAAGAGUAAAUACUAUAAGGAAACGGCUGAAGCUAUUAGGUAGUGAAUUUCACCGUUAUAAACUUUCGUAAUUUUCUUUAAUUUUUUUGCUAGAGUUUCGUGAAGACAAUACUAUUUCCAGUUUUUCGAGAGUACAUGCAGUCAAUACGCGGACGUUUGACCGCGGUGUUCUAUAUAUACCUAAACUUACACGAUAAAGCAUUCAUAUUGUCGUAAUGGUGCUGAAUUGCAAAAUGUGUCAAAUCAUGAGCCUGAAUUGCAUGUUUUUACUCAUGCUUUGUAUAACAUUUACAUCAUGAAGUAUCCCGGCUUCACUGCAGAUACCCCGUAUCUACGAACCGUAUAAGGGGCGGUAGUUAAGGAAUACAGAUGCCCCAUUAUAUCUCCGCGAAUUGUACAAACCUGAGUGACACGUUCACAACCUUUACGACAAUAUUGAAAUCUAUAUUAAUAACCUGAUGGUCACAGUUUUUCAAGCGAUUGGCUCAAAUCCCAAGAUUAGGUAUUAUCUUUUUCGGCGAAUGACUAAUCUCGGGAUCUGCCGAUCUCGUACCCUGAGCCUGCUAUCCAAUUGUUUCCCAAAAGAUCGCAGGCUCGGGAUACGAGAUUGUGGAUCUGCUGACGCCGGUAUUUAUGUCUGUUUUCACUCAGUCCACAUUUUCGCAUGCCUAAUUACCCACCGUUCUGAUAAUGUGAGCUAGCAUUAUCAUAUAGAAUGAACACGAAAAUGUUUCAAAGUGUGUGAGUGGGUGGCAACAGACUUAAACACACGUUAGGUUUAUUUACUACAGAAUAAAAAUACAAAAUUUACGAUGUUGACUCUUGCUCGUUAACCGUUAUUAAAUUUUUGAGAUUGAGUUGCAACGUUAAAUUUGUACAUCAGUUUGGUGUUCUGUAUAUUAUUGUAAGACUUGUAUUCAUUUAAUUUUUAAACAGAGCCAAGGUGGACGACAGCCAGAUCACGGUGGAUUUUCUUUAGGUCUUGCAUUACCAUUAAUCAACGCUUUAUGCUGAGUGUUAUUCCAGGAUAGAAAUUUUGUAACAAUAGUUUAAGUAGGUGUUGGUGUUCGUACGGAAGUCUUCAAUGUGGUGGACUAUGGAGUUCUGUGAAACACCGUCGUUCAAAAAGGACGAAGUAAUCAUUUGCAUUGAUAUCAUGCCAAAUUGAACAAGUGGGAUAUAUCUGGUUGCCACGAGAAUAAAUGCACAGCCAGAGAAAUGGAAAAAGAUAUCUGUAUGGCUUCAACAUCAACAGACUGCAAACUUUUAGUCAUGUUUUUGAGUGCAAACACAUAAAUGAUUUGUGUUGCAGAAUGUAACCUUGGUUUUGAGUUUUAAAAAUUGAAAUUAAAAUUGUAGGAGUUAACAGUGU